UAAUGCGGAUGGCCUCCACAUAAAAUAUCGUAAUUGCAUGUAAUCAUCGGCUAGCCGGUAUUUUCUACCGUGAUAGUUCUCAAAGGUUAAUUCGUUAUAGCAGAAAGAUAAAGAUUUAAAUUUUUAUUUCAUAAAUCUAAUUGACAAUAUAAAAAUAAUCAAGAUGGUUGAGGAGCAAAGAAAACGUGUUGAAGAACAAAUGACGAAAAUAGUUGAAGAUAUCGAUCGAACACAUCUUCGUAAAAUGCAGGCUGAUAUGCAUAGGUGUGCCGCUACAUGUUGUGACGAUAAAACCUCAAGCAUUCAAAGAGUUCAUAAUUGUGUUGAAAAUUGCAGUAUUCCAUUAAAUCAAGCUCAACAAUAUGUCCAAGGAGAAUUUGAGCGAGUACAGAAUCGUUUACAAAGGUGUGUCAUGGAAUGCAAUGACAAAAUAAAAGAUCAAAUGGGCCCUAAUCCAACCCAAAGUCAAGUCAAUCAAUACAGUAGUGAAUUUGAAAAAUGUGCUACAAAAUGUGUUGAUACUUAUUGUGAUUUACUUCCUCAAUUAGAAAAAACAAUGAAAAGUUUUUUGGCUAGUAAACAAUUUCAGUGAAUGUUUGUUUAUCUGUUAUAAAAUAAUGUAAAUAGUAGAUGUGUUAUGGCUGAUAUGACAUACGUGUUACAAAUAAAAUCAUUGGCACAAACUGUUAAAUUUGAUAGAUUUCAGUUAUUGAUAUGCAUCAUGCAUAUAUUCAAAAUAGAGUUAAAAACAAAUAUUUAGUUCUAUAUAUUUUGAAAGUGUUAUCUUCUGUUGUACCUCCAACCGUUUAUUAUAAUACAUUGUUAUUAUUGCUACAAUUAGUUGUUCUUUUCUAUUUGACUUUAAAUUCGUUGUAACAGCAUAGAGAAACUCAGACUUGACUCCAUUUAUGAGAGAAUAAAACAACUUUUUACUUUA